CUCUGCUCAGAGUUGACUCAGUUCAGGCUCCAGGCUUGACAUAGGAGUGGCAUCGCGCAAGUGUCGCUUGCAGGUUGCAGCUAGUGAAUAGUGAUCAGUUGAGCGUUGAGGUGUCUGAUGCUGGUUAUCAUAAGUGUUAUGUGAUAUGUUAGUACGUAGUGAUGAUUGCCCAGCCUGCCGUAGUGUAUCAGCAAGAAGAAUGCCUUUUCUCGAAUUCAAUGUUGGAAGAUGAUCCAAAUGAUAACUCGGCAACAAACGAGGAAGAAAAAAUAAAGCCCCGAUGGGGCCCCGGACACAAAGGGGCCCAGGAGCUUGCUGGACUCUACAGCAGAGGGAAGCGAAUCCAAGAAGUGGUGUGUGUGUGGAUCUGCUUGGCCUUAAUUGUGGUGGACCUUUACUUCAUGGUUGCUCACUUCAAUUAUGAGCGACUGCCCACCAUCUUACUGGCUGCUUUUGCGGGCAUUAUCACUGCUGAUUUUUUAUCCGGUCUUGUACACUGGGCUGCCGACAGCUGGGGCUCUAUUGAACUCCCGGUUUUAGGUAAGAAUUUCAUCCGUCCAUUUCGGGAGCACCACAUAGACCCCACCUCCAUCACCCGCCAUGACUUCAUCGAGACCAAUGGAGAUAACUUCAUGCUGUGCAUCCCAGCGCUGCUCUACAUCAGCUGCUGCUUCCUGAGCCGUCCCGUGCAAGUGCUCCAGCAAGACUAUGCAUUCUUCUCGUAUCUCUUCCUGCUGGCGAUCUUCGUGGCGCUCACCAACCAGAUUCACAAAUGGUCGCACACAUACUUCGGCUUGCCUCGCUGGGUCACCGUGCUCCAGGACCUGCAUAUCGUGUUGCCGAAGCGUCACCACCGCACUCACCACGUCGCACCCCACGAGACUUAUUUUUGCAUCACCACGGGCUGGCUCAACUAUCCCCUAGAGAAGCUCGGCUUCUGGGGGGCCCUAGAGCAAAUUAUUGAAUUUGUGACGGGCUGCAAGCCCAGAGCUGAUGACUUGAAGUGGGCUCAGAAGAGGACGUGAAGCUUUCGCCACUAUUAUCAACUGUUGCCUUCCUUAGAUUCUCUUCCGAUAAGAGUGUUUUAAUUCCUCUGUUAAUUGCUCUGGUUGGGAAUUAUUUAAUAUCGUUGAAAGGUUUAGCCGAAUGUUAUAGGCCUUGCCUGAUAUUGUUGUGUCGGCCAUGGGGAAGGCGAAUACGCCGUCUAAUCUUUAUACGUGACCAAUGUACAUAAAGAAUUUAUCGUGAAUUUAUAUCGUUGCAUAUCGUGUUGGAGACUUGAUAAACAUUGGAAAUGAACAGUUAACGAUUGUAUUGCUCAUUUUGGUUAGAAGAUAGCUAUUCUUAUAAUAAAGUGUCGCGAUCGCAACUUCUUUUAGCGGACUGAGUCAAAAUCCGGUGAAAUUUUAUCUUAGAACAUAAGAUGAUUGUUCAUCAUCAACGCCCUUGUGCCUCCGAGGACUCAGGUACAGCCUGUUGAUUUAAUAUACGAUUGCUUUUCAGCUACGAAAUUUCCUAUCAAUUUCGCUGCAAAGACCCACCUAAACUGUCUAACCACACUUAAAUACUGCUUUUAACUUUUAAUCAAGAGCUCAUCACAAUCACAUGAGUUGUUUUGGCUUAACUGGGCCACUUCACGUGACGAAUUUGUCUGUAAACAUAUCGUGCAAUUUGUUCCUCGACGGCCUGUAUCAUCAUCGAGAUUGUUCAAUGGUAAGCAACAAAAACUGCCACUUUAUUCUAACACGCAUUCUAUUUUAUAUGGGCUCACGUUGGUUAUUUAGUACUUUAUAUUAUUAAUCUCAAUCACAAACUAUUGCUAUAUUGUAAUCAAUGUCGUAAGGAUAGUAAUUAUUAUCUUGACGCACAAACAAGUAUUCAGACUUCAACAUAUUUUCUGUUUAAUUAUUGCCAGUUAUGAAACGUUUUUCAGUUUAGACUGGUAUAUAAUUCGUGUCAUGUUUGCACGUCACAUAUAUACUAUUGGUGGUAUUAAUUAGUCUGAAAUCAACAUAGAUAAACCUUUCAAUUUAUUGUUGUGACAGCUAUUUUCCUCACUUAUUGCCCUUUACAUCAACUUCUACGCUUACAUGUUAACGUUUUACAAGACUAUUCUUGCUCGCAACAACAUUAAGUCAAUACUUCGGAUUCUAUAACUUUGAAAUGGGACUUAAUUUGCGAUAAUUUGUCAAAGGCUUUAAUGCAAGGUGAUAACUCCCCACCCUGUUCCUAUAGUAUUGGGCUCGCGUGUUUCGGGCUCACCCUUAGUCAGAGCGUCUCAACAACCUCCUAUGUUUGAAGCACAAGUCCAUGAAACGACUGAAACAUUGCAGAUUUUUCACAUAAAAUUCUUUUAUGAA